AUGUGGCUUGUCGUUCACUGUCUAGCCCUGUGGAGGCUCGUGGCCUUGGCACAUGCCAAGUCCGUUUCGGGUGUCUUCACGUCGCUCGACAUCGCGCAACCAGACUCUGCGUACCCGGAAAACCUAUGGAGUGCUACUCUUAACUACCAGGUCACCGCUGCCAUGGCCGUCUCGCAAGGCGACACUUUCAGCAUAAACAUGCCUUACGUGCUCAAAGUAUAUGGCGCUGUCACCAUUGGCAGCGAUAGCUACAUCCCCAUCGCCGAUCAAUCCGGUAGCACCAUUGCCAACUGUCUUAUCACGAAUGGGUUUCUCCAAAGUUCGGCCUGUUCUUUGACCUGUACCUUCAGUAGAAAUGGCAUCAGUACCGUCUCCGGAACCAUUUCUUUCAAUUUCAUAUUUUCCGAUGGUGCUUCUUCAGAUCCCGCCCCUCUUGCCGCCGCAAACAACUGGAAGUUGGGCAUCAACACCGUGUCGUGGGGCUCUCUCACUGACACAGUCUCGUUUGUCACCGGUGCCAAUGCACCAACUCCAGUUACCGCUUCCACGUUCGCGGGUUACGAUGACCAACUACCUUCUUCCGGUUCUCUCCAAUUCGCCUACUACGUGGGACGCGCCUGCGCCUCCAAAACGAUGAAUGAGGUCAUGUCCCUAGUCUGUACUGGCUCGCCCAGCGGUGUUGGCCUAAUCGACAAUUGUAAUGACCUUAAAAUCUCAAUGGCUAACAGCUUCAAUGCUUGGAAUAUGCCUUUGAGUGCUACGAACUUGCCCACCGGUUAUAAAGUUACCUGUAAUAGCAAAAGUAUCGUUUUAACUGCUUCUGGUAUUCCGGCUGGUUAUCACGUCUUUGUUAAUGUCAAUCAAGUUAUUGACAGAAGUUAUACCGGAACAAAUUCCCUCUACUUUCAAAACACUUACAUCGAAACUGUAACUUGUGGUACUUCAUCGACAGCUGGUGGCUAUGCCAAGCGUAUCAACUUCGUGAAAGGGACGGCUAGCGGUGGUGGUUCCGGAAACUACAUUACUCCCACUACUACAACAUCCGGCUGGUCCGGGUCUGUUACUUCUUCUACUACCUCCACCAUCGCUUAUACUGGUAGUGAUGGUGGGCUAACUCCACAACCAAUAGUGAUUAUUGAGGUUCCCACAAAAGGUUUCACUUCUACUUCUUAUACCGCUUGGACGGGCACUCAAGCGUCCACGUAUCAAACCUCUCUCAAAUCCAGCACGGGAACAGAUGGUACCAUUACCGUGCAAACCAUCUAUUAUAUUGAAACUCCUCAGAGUUAUUCCACCAUCACAACCUUGGUCCCACAAAGUGUCUCGGCCACUACGACGUUUUCAACCCAAGUUUUCACGACUACUGGUUCAGACUUGAAUCCAACCGUAGAAACCAUAUAUUAUGUUGGUACUCCCAUUAUUGGUGUUACAUCUGCCACAACUACAGCAUGGACUGGUACUUUCAUCUCAACUUAUUCCACUUCUGCAACUACGUUCAGCGGCUCUGAUGGUAAGUUGACUGCUCAAACUGUGUACUUUGUUGAAACUCCCGUUGUAAAUGUUGUUACCACUACCACGAAACCAUGGAAUGGUGCCGUGACGUCAACUUAUUCCACCAUCGUCGCCACAUCUACUGGGUCUGACGGCAAGCAAACUGUGCAAACAGUUUACUACGUCGAGACUCCAAUAGUCAAUGUUGUGAGCACGACAAACAAGCCCUGGGAUGGCUCUGCGACGUCGACUUACUCGACCAGCCUAACUACCUUUAGUGGAUCCGAUGGUAAGCAAACAGUUCAAACCGUUUACUAUGUCGAGACCCCAAUAGUUAAUGUUGUGAGCACGACAAACAAGCCCUGGGAUGGCUCUGCGACGUCGACUUACUCAACCAGCCUAACUACCUUCAGUGGAUCUGAUGGUAAGCAAACUGUGCAAACCGUUUACUAUGUGGAGACCCCGAUUGUCAAUGUUGUGAGCACGACAAACAAGCCAUGGGGUGGUUCUGUGACUUCAACCUAUUCCACAAACGUUGCCACAUUUACGGGAUCUGACGGCAAGCAAACUGUGCAAACCAUUUACUACGUCGAGACCCCAAUAGUUAACGUUGUGAGCACGACAAACAAGCCCUGGGAUGGCUCUGCGACGUCGACUUACUCAACCAGCCUAACUACCUUCAGUGGAUCUGAUGGUAAGCAAACUGUUCAAACCGUUUACUACGUCGAGACCCCAAUAGUUAAUGUUGUGAGCACGACAAACAAGCCGUGGGGUGGUUCUGUGACUUCAACCUAUUCCACAAACGUUGCCACAUUUACGGGAUCUGACGGCAAGCAAACUGUGCAAACCGUCUACUACGUGGAGACUCCAAUAGUUAAUGUUGUGAGCACGACAAACAAGCCCUGGGAUGGUUCUGCGACUUCAACUUACUCAACCAGCCUAACUACCUUCAGUGGAUCUGAUGGUAAGCAAACUGUGCAAACCAUUUACUACGUCGAGACCCCAAUAGUUAACGUUGUGAGCACGACAAACAAGCCAUGGGAUGGUUCUGCGACUUCAACUUACUCAACCAGCCUAACUACCUUCAGUGGAUCUGAUGGUAAGCAAACUGUGCAAACCAUUUACUACGUCGAGACCCCAAUAGUUAAUGUUGUGAGCACGACAAACAAGCCGUGGGAUGGUUCUGUGACUUCAACCUAUUCCACAAACGUUGCCACAUUUACUGGAUCUGACGGCAAGCAAACUGUGCAAACCGUCUACUACGUGGAGACUCCAAUAGUUAAUGUUGUGAGCACGACAAACAAGCCCUGGGAUGGCUCUGCGACGUCGACUUACUCAACCAGCCUAACUACCUUUAGUGGAUCCGAUGGUAAGCAAACUGUGCAAACCGUUUACUAUGUGGAGACCCCGAUAGUCAAUGUUGCUAACACGACAAAUAAGCCCUGGAGUGGCGCCGAGACCUCAACUUAUUUCACAGACGUCUCCACAUUUACUGGAUCUGACGGCAAGCAAACGGUGCAAACCAUUUACUACGUCGAAACUCCGAUAAUCAAUAUUGUCAACAUGACAACUAAGCCAUGGAGUGGGUCUGCAACCUCGACUUACUCAACUAGCUUGACUACUUUUAAUGGGUCUGAUGGCAAGCAAACUGUGCGCACUGUCUACUACGUCGAAACUCCAACUGUCGAGAUCCAAUCGACUACUUACACUCCAUGGAGCGGCAGUGAGACGGUUACAUAUUCCAGUGACAUGUUCACGUUUACGGGGUCGGACGGUAUCCCAACCACAGAGACCAUUUAUUAUGUUGAGACUCCUACUGUUGGUAUUAAGUCGACUACGUACACACCUUGGACUGGUACAGAAAUAGGGACUUAUUCUACGCAAGUCACCACAUUCACUGGUUCGGAUGAUAUUCCAACCACCGAGACUAUCUACUACGUCGAGACUCCAACCUAUGUGAGUCUGUCCACAACUUACACUGCAUGGAGCGGCAGCAAGACCGUUACAUAUUCCACUGAUAUGACGACAUUCACCGGCUCCGAUGGUAAAGUAACAACGGAGACCAUCUAUUUCGUCGAGACCCCAACUGCUCAUGUCAACUCCACUACCACUACGGGAUGGACCGGAAUGUUCACUAGCACCUACUCCACAGAGUUGACUACGUUCACCGGAUCUGACGGUAUUCCAACCACCGAGACUGUCUACUACGUGGAAACCCCAGUUGUGGGCGUGAACUCCACUACCACUACGGGAUGGACUGGCUCUAUCACUAGCACCUACUCCACAGAGUUGACCACUUUCACCGGAUCUGAUGGUAUUCCAACCACCGAGACUAUCUACUACGUCGAAACCCCAGUUGUGGGAGUGAACUCCACUACCACCACCGGAUGGACCGGAUCGUUCACUAGCACUUUCUCUACUGAUGUCACAACUUUCACCGGAUCUGACGGUAUUCCAACUACCGAGACUGUCUACUACGUCGAAACCCCAGUUGUGGGAGUGAACUCCACUACCACCACCGGAUGGACUGGAUCUUUCACAAGUACUUUCUCCACCGAUAUCACAACUUUCACCGGAUCUGACGGUAUUCCAACCACCGAGACUAUCUACUACGUGGAAACCCCAGUUGUGGGCGUGAACUCCACUACUACCACCGGAUGGACCGGAACGUUCACUAGCACUUUCUCUACCGAUGUCACAACUUUCACCGGAUCUGACGGUAUUCCAACCACCGAGACUAUCUACUACGUCGAAACCCCAGUUGUGGGAGUGAACUUCACUACCACCACCGGAUGGACUGGCUCGGUCACUAGUACUUUCUCCACCGAUAUCACCACAUUCACUGGAUCUGACGGUAUUCCAACUACCGAGACUGUCUACUACGUCGAAACCCCAGUUGUGGGCGUAAACUCCACUACUACUACGGGAUGGACCGGAACGUUCACUAGCACCUACUCCACUGAGUUGACCACCUUCACUGGAUCUGACGGUAUUCCAACGACCGAGACUAUCUACUUCGUCGAAACUCCAACUGCUGACGUCAACUCUACUUUGACUACUGGAUGGACUGGAUCUUUCACAAGUACUUUCUCCACCGAUAUCACAACUUUCACCGGAUCUGACGGUAUUCCAACCACCGAGACUAUCUACUACGUGGAAACCCCAGUUGUGGAAGUGAACUCCACUACCACCACCGGAUGGACUGGCUCUAUCACUAGCACUUUCUCCACCGAUAUCACCACAUUCACUGGAUCUGAUGGUAUUCCAACUACCGAGACUGUCUACUACGUCGAAACCCCAGUUGUGGGGUGAACUCCACUACCACCACCGGAUGGAGUGGAUCGAUCACUAGCACUUUCUCUACUGAUAUCACCACAUUUACUGGAUCUGAUGGUAUUCCAACCACCGAGACCGUUUACUAUGUUGAGACUCCAACUGGUGGUGCUAACUCCACCGUCUACACUCCAUGGACUGGCAGCUUUACUUCUACCCUCUCGGCUGAUGUUUCGACUUUCACUGGAUCUGACGGUAUUCCAACCACGGAGACCGUUUACUAUGUUGAGACCCCAACUGGUGGUGCCAACUCUACCGUCUACACCCCAUGGACUGGCAGCUUUGCUUCUACCUACUCCACCGACCUGUCCACAUUCACUGGAUCUGAUGGUAUUCCAACUACCGAAACCGUCUACUACGUGGAAACCCCAGUAGUGGGCGUGAACUCCACUACCACCACCGGAUGGAGUGGAUCGUUUACUAGCACUUUCUCUACUGAUAUCACCACAUUUACUGGAUCUGAUGGUAUUCCAACCACCGAGACCGUUUACUAUGUUGAGACUCCAACUGGUGGUGCUAACUCCACCGUCUACACCCCAUGGACUGGCAGCUUUACUUCUACCUACUCCACCGACCUGUCCACAUUCACUGGAUCUGAUGGUAAUCCAACUACCGAAACCGUCUACUACGUUGAGACUCCAACUGCUAAUGUCAACUCCACCGUCUACACCCCAUGGACUGGCAGCUUUACUUCUACCUACUCCACCGACCUGUCCACAUUCACUGGAUCUGGCGGUAUUCCAACAACCGAGACUAUCUACUUCGUCGAAACUCCAACUGCUGAUGUCAACUCUACUUUAACUACUGGAUGGACUGGGUCUUUCACAAGUACUUUCUCCACCGAUAUCACAACUUUCACCGGAUCUGAUGGUAUUCCAACUACCGAAACCAUCUACUACGUGGAAACCCCAGUAGUGGGCGUGAACUCUACUACCACCACCGGAUGGAGUGGAUCGUUUACUAGCACUUUCUCUACUGAUAUCACCACAUUUACUGGAUCUGAUGGUAUUCAAAUCACCGAGACCGUUUACUAUGUUGAGACCCCAACUGGUGGUGCCAACUCUACCGUCUACACCCCAUGGUCUGGCAGCUUUACUUCUACCUACUUCACCGAUGUCACUACAUUCACUGGAUCGGACGGCACAACCACGGAGACCGUUUACUAUGUUGGGACCCCUACUGGUGGUGUCAGCUCCACCGUUUACACUCCAUGGACCGGAGCUUUCGCAUCAACCUACUCUACUGACAUAGCCACUUUCACCGGCUCUGAUGGUGUUCCAACCACGGAAGCGAUCUACUACGUGGAGACCCCAACUGGUGGCUCCGACUCGACCGUGUACGCUCCUUGGACCGGGACUUUAACAUCGACCUACUCCACGAGUGUCAACAUAUUCACUCUAGCUAACGGUAAGGUAACCCCAAAAACUGUCUACUACGUGGGCACCCCAUCUAGUGCUUCAACUGUCUACACACCAUGGACCGGUUCAUACACCUCUACUAUCUCGACGGAUGUCACGACUUUCACUGGAUCAGAUGGUGUUUCAAUCACGGAAACCAUUUACUACGUUGGGACCCCAACUGGUGGCUCCAACUCAACUCUGUACACCUCAUGGACUGGCAGCUUUACUUCUACCUACUCCACCGAUGCCGUGACAUUAACUGGAUCGGAUGGCAUUCCAACCACGGAAACCGUUUACUAUGUCGAGACUCCAACCGGCAACGUUCAGUCUACUGUUUACACUCCAUGGACCGGUGCUUUGACUUCUACCCUCUCGGCUGAUGUUUCGACUUUCACUGGAUCUGACGGUAUUCCAACCACCGAGACCAUUUACUACGUUGGGACCCCAACUGGUGGUGCCAACUCUACCAUCUACACCCCAUGGACUGGCAGCUUUGCUUCUACCUACUCCACCGAUGUCGUGACAUUAACUGGAUCGGAUGGCGUUCCAACCACGGAAACCGUUUACUAUGUUGGGACCCCUACUGGUGGUGUCAGCUCCACCGUUUACACUCCAUGGACCGGAACUUUCGCAUCAACCUACUCUACUGACAUAGCCACUUUCACCGGCUCUGAUGGUGUUCCAACCACGGAAACGAUCUACUACGUGGAGACCCCAACUGGUGGCUCCGACUCGACCGUGUACGCUCCUUGGACCGGGACUUUAACAUCGACCUAUUCCACGAGUGUUAACAUAUUCACUCUAGCUAACGGUAAGGUAACCUCAAAAACUGUCUACUACGUGGGCACCCCGUCUCUUGCUUCGACUGUCUACACUCCAUGCACAGGUACCUUGACCUCGACUUUCUCGACUGAUAUUACGACGUUUACCGGAUCUGAUGGUAUUCCAACCACCGAGACCAUAUACUAUGUCGAGACUCCAACCGGUAACGUUCAGUCUACUGUUUACACUUCAUGGACCGGUACUUUGACUUCUACUUUCUCCACCGACGUUACAACUUUCACCGGCUCUGAUGGUAUCCCAACGGCGGAGACUCUUUACUACGUCGAAACCCCAGAUUUAAGGACCCUAACUGUUUCUUCCACAAAUUAUGUUCCAUGGUCUGGAGCAUUUACCAGUACUUUUUCAACUGCUGUUUCCACUGUGACCGGAGCUGAUGGUGUGCAAACAAUUGAAAAUGUGGUCUUUGUAGAGACCCCUAAAGGCCCAUUUUUUGGAAACUCUAGUUCGACUUCUGGAAUCAAUGACGGUGAUUCAACCAUUGUAUCAACGGAUUUGUCUCGUUCAAUUAUUAAUAGGCAUUCGUUGACUUCCUUAGCAUUUUCAAGCUCUGUGCAAACAUCGAAAUCGAGCGUAUCGUCCACUGACUCCUCUUCUACCAUUGAAAGCAUUUCUCAUUUAGUGCAUUCAUCUAGUUCUAGGAUGUUUUCCAGUUCUAAGGCAGGAUUGGAGUCUCUAACGUCAUCGGGUACUGGGAUGUCUUCUAGUUCUUUGACCAUUUCACAAAGUAACACGGAGUCGGCAAAGUCAUCUGCUUACUCUACCUCUGUCUUAACACGACCAGAUCCAGCCCUAAGUGAUUCCUCUUAUACGACGGGUGCUAGUUUAUCAAGCCCAUUGGUCAGUUCUGUUAGCCGCAGCCAAACUGACCUGCAUCAAUCGUUAGCGCCAUCAUUUGCCACCGAGUCUACGACUGCCUCGCGCAGCGUCUCAAACUCUCACGACCUUUCAAGUCACACAAUUGAGCCGAAACCAUUGACUUCAUCUGAAAUCAGUCAUUACACUACGACAGCAGUAUAUUCCUCGACGAACGGUAUUUUAUCUGCUGAAGCUGUGAUAAGUUCGAGCUUCAGUUUAUCAGCAGAAAUUGCGAAAACAUCAACUGGGGCCUCAACUAUUCAAACAAUUGGCUCGGCAAACCAACCAACCUCUCGUUCGUUGAGCAGCUUGACAGUUUCUGGACUAGAAAAUCAAAAAUUCCACAGCUCUCACUCAUUCGUACCAGAAAGCACAUCAUCAACAUCGGAUAGCCCUACGGCUACAGAAUCAGAUAAAACUACAAUUGCUAGUGGUGACUUUUCCGCAUUCAACAGUGGAACAGAUAAGUCAGGCACCAGAACAAGUCCUCCUGGUGAAAAUACACACUCUACAUCAACCUUAAGUUCUUCUAAAAGGACAACCAGUCUCUUGGGCCAAGGUAUCAGUCCUCAGUCAAAUUCUUUAUUGGAAACUUCAAAUCAAGGGCCAACAAAUGGGGCACUUAAAUCAGUGGCUACCAGUUCGACCCUCUCCUACCUAUUUAGGGCGGAAGAUAAUUCUUCAAGCACUACUCCCCAUCCCAUGAUGGUAACAAAAACAUCAGUGACGUCGCCAACGUCUUCCAUAUCUCCCUUGCCCUCUUCGGCUUCUGUUUCGACCUUCGAAGGUCGCGCUAACAGGCUGGGGCUUGGGGCGCUUUUGGCGCUUCCAUUGGUUUUGAUA